AUGCCACGCACCGACGAAGCAGAAUGGUGGUUCAACGCCGUCUACGAGGCCGUCCAGGAAAUCCCCCGCGGGCGGGUGACGACCUACGGGCAUAUUGCGCGGUUAUUGGGGUAUCCACAACGAGCUCGUCAAGUAGGCGUUUGUCUUAAGCAUUUGCCCUCGAACAACAACAACAGCAGCAGCAGCAGCAGCAACCCUGCAGGUGCAGGUGCAGGUGCAGAUGAAGUCUAUCACCAUUUCCACACCGACAACGUCCCAUGGCAGCGCGUGAUCAAUGCAAAGGGGACGAUAUCUCAUCGCGGACCAGGCACUGCCGCUCAUCAAGCUGCUGUCCUCCGGGAAGAAGGCGUGCGUGUUGACGAAGAUGCCAUGGGGGAGUACUAUGUUGAUUUUGCGCAAUAUGGAUGGUUUCCUGAUCGGUUGCCUAGUGAAGAGGGGGAGGAGGAGGAGGAGGAGUUGAGUAGUGAUGAGUAUGAGGGUGGUGAAGGAGAUGAUACCGAUCGAAAUGGAGAUCGAAAUGGUGACAUGACGAGGGAGGAGGAGGAGGAGGGGGAGGCGAAUAAUACGUGA